AUGUUGUUAUAUAAUAAAUUAUGUGCUGCAUUGAAUGAAAAUGAAAUUGAUGAGCUCGGUUUAUUACCAUUAAUUCCCGAAAUAAAUGAAAUACCUAUAAAGAAUCAAAAAUACUAUCCACUUAUUGUAGUUGAAUCUAAGUUAGGAAUUGCCAUUUCAUCUUCAAAGAUCUUGUUGAAACAAUCACAUGAGUAUUUUAUUAGUCUGGAUGAUAGUAAUGAUAAAGAAAUAGAACAAGUAACGAGAAUUAUGAUAUUAUUAAAACCUGACAAUUAUACAGCCAUGAAUAGAAGGAAAAGGCUUAUUAUAUCAGGUUAUAUUGAUAUUAAAAGGGAAUUAAGGUUAAUUGAGUUAAUAUUUACUAUUCCACGUCAUGCAAAGAGCUCAUUUGCUUGGUCUCAUCGACAAUGGAUUUUAACAAAUUAUUACAAAACGAUUGAUAUUACACAUGAACUCAAGCUAUGUCAAACCACAUCUAUUUUAUAUCCUAGAAACUAUUAUGCAUGGACAUUUAGAUAUUGGAUUUUAUCUACCUUUUGUGAUCAGACUAGAAUUGAACAAGAAUAUCAAGAAAUGCUUAAAUGGAUAGAAUUGAAUAUUAGUGACUUUUCCGGACUUCAAUACUUGCAGCAAAUUAUGACUUUAGCACCCACUGAACUCAAUUCAAUUCAACAACAUAUGGAAUGGUUAGAUCAACUUAUAAUCAAAUAUCCUGGCCAUGAAUCAUUAUGGUGUCAUCGUAGAUUUUGUACAGCUAUCUUGACUGAGAAAUCAGUUGAACACUGUAAAGCACAGCAUCGAUUUGUUUAUAGCAUCCUUCAUGAUCAGUUCAAUAGUCAAUCAUUGAGUAAUAACCCGAAUGAUUUAGUGAUGCAAAAGGAAUUUGCUUUAAGAUUUGGUUUAUGGCAAACUUUGCUGGAAAAGAAACAUUAUUCUCGUCCAAUAAUAGAAGACGCAUUAAUAAUAAAAUUAUAUUCAACUGUUGCACCUGUACCUGAAUUUAUAAUAGAUCGACAGGAGACAUUAUGA